AUGCACAAGACGUCAUCUCUGUCGGACCUGGGCUUCGACGCCGCCGGCGCCUCAUCAGGCUUCUUCCGCCCGGUAGCCGACGACAGCACCCACUCCUCCAGCUCCGCCCCGCACCGCCGCCUCACCAAAGUCUCCGUCAUCGGCGCGGGCAACGUGGGCAUGGCCAUCGCGCAGACGAUCCUCACCCAGAACCUGGCCGACGAGAUCGCGCUGGUAGACGCGCUCCCCGACAAGCUCCGCGGCGAGGCGCUCGACCUGCAACACGCCGCCGCGUUCCUCCCGCGCGUCCGCAUCGUCUCCGGCACCGACCACGCCGUCACCGCGAGCUCCGACCUCGUGGUCAUCACGGCCGGCGCGAGGCAGAACCCGGGGGAGGCCAGGCUGAGCCUGCUGCGGCGGAACGUGGAGCUGUUCCGGAAGAUCGUGCCGCCCGUGGCCGAGCACUCCCCGGACGCGCUGCUGCUCGUGGUCUCCAACCCCGUCGACGUGCUGACGUAUGUGGCCUGGAAGCUGUCCGGGUUCCCGGCCAACAGGGUGAUUGGGUCCGGGACGAACCUCGAUUCGUCCAGGUUCAGGUUCCUCGUCGCUGAGCACCUCGACGUCAACGCGCAGGACGUCCAGGCAUACAUGGUGGGGGAGCACGGCGACAGCUCGCUGGCGAUCUGGUCGACCAUUAGUGUCGCCGGGAUGCCGGCUUUCAAGUCCCUGCGGGACAGCCACCAUUCCUUCGACGAGGCGGCGCUGGAGGGCAUCAGACGUGCCGUGGUGGGCGGCGCCUACGAGGUGAUCGGACUGAAGGGAUACACCUCCUGGGCCAUCGGCUACUCCGUCGCCAGUUUGGCGGCCUCCCUCCUCCGUGACCAGCGCCGGGUGCACCCAGUCUCCGUCCUCGCCUCCGGCUUCCACGGCAUCUCGGACGGUCAUGAUGUGUUCCUCAGCCUCCCCGCCCGGCUCGGCCGCGGCGGCGUCCUCGGCGUCGCCGAGAUGGACCUCACCGAGGUCGAGGCCGCGCAGCUCCGGCGCUCCGCAAAGACGCUCUGGGAGAACUGCCAGCUCCUCGAUCUCUGA